AUGAGUGAUCAAUUUCUCAAUUGUAGAUUGUGCUCAAUAGAAUUUGACUAGGUCAUCCAUUUACCAAGACUGUUAAAUGAUUGCGGACACACGGUCUGCGAAAAGUGCAUAAAAUAAUAAGAAGGGCAUUUCAGGUGUCCUGCAGAUGAAACACUUUAUGAAUAUUCGAUCGACGGUUUUCCAAUCAAUACAACUUUAUUUAAAUUGAUCUAAUUAAAAUAAAAACCAAAAUUGAAUGAUCUUUUUGAAACUCCAUAGCUGAGUCUAUGCAAUGAUAAUUCCUCUUCCGAUUCUACAAUUUCUAAAAACAAAUUUUAAGAUUCUUAAAUAACUCCCAUCUCCUUGUAAAAUACUAUUUCCGAUUGCUAAAAACAAAGAGAUGAAUUAAUACAGAGAAUAGAAAACAAGUUCAAUGAUCUCAUAACAAGAUUGGAAAUCAGAAAAAUGGAGCUAUUCAGUCAAAUAGACAUGAAAUAUGAAUAAUCACCAUUUUGUGUUUUACAAGUUGACUUUUAAUUUUAAAUGGAUGUGUUGAUCCCAAGAUAUGGUAUCUUGAGAGAAGAAUUAUACAGCGAUAUUCAACUAAACAAUCCUUAAUCGAAGGAAUAGUUUCUAACUUUUUCUAAUAAAGAUUCUGUUGAAACAAAUAGAUAGAGAUCUCCACCAAAAAAGAUAUUUGAGGAAUUGAAAUAAAUUUAUAUUCGUCCAGCAUUGUCAUAAGAAAAAAUGAAUGAAUUAAAGAAAAUUAUCAAAUAAAUGAAUAGGUCAUAAAACCUUGAUGUAAUUAACUUAAAAUCUAGAAGCCUAACAGAUGAUGACAUCAAAGUGUUGUCUGAAGCAUUGUCAACAACUAUCUCAAAUAUAAGAGUGAUAGUGUUAUCAAAAAAUUAAAUUACUGAUUUAGGGUUUAAAUAUCUAAUAGAUGCACUCUGGACAAAUAAAACUAUCAAAACUUUAAGAAUUAAAAACAAUAAACUCACUAAUGAGUCUUUGAGAUAUUUAAUCCAAAUUUAUGAAGAUCAGAAAUAUAACUCUUUAUAACAGAUCUAUAUGUAAGGUAAUCAAAUUACCAAUGAUGAACAAGUUCAAAUUCUGACUAAAUUGGGUAUAUUAAUAUAUAAAUGA